AUGCUGUGUGUGGAACUUGAAAAGAAAGAUGGCAUCUUGCAGAUGUGCUUCCGUCUUCUGGCUAGCAUUGAUUUUCAACUUGUGCGUGCAACUCUCAAAGCUGCUGUGUUAGAUGAGGAAGGUUAUGAACAUUUUGUGUAUCCAACUGUAUUCUGCACUCUUAAAAUAAAUGAAAGAUCUGCACCAGUAUGCAUUGAUGCAAGAGAUGUGGAUGAGAAUUGGAAUUUCGGAUUUGAAGUGUGCACUGCAGACGUGGUAACAGAGGGCACUAGGAAAAGCCCUGUUUUCAGAGCUGUGCUGAGUCACGAUAUGAAAGAGGCUCGGGAAGGCCUCGUGGAGAUCCCGUACUUGGAACUGACAGUUGUGUUAGAGAUGUUGCGUUACAUGUACACAGAUAGAGUGUAUGUACCGAGUGACACGACAGAGCAGCUGUUGGUGGCCUCCGACAAGUACGGGCUUCAGCGCGAGUCGGACGUGGCGAGGCAGGUUACUGUAGGCAGUGCUGCUGAUAUUGCUGCCUGUGCUAUUGUUCAUUCCUGCAGGCUCUUGCAGAAGGUGUAUGUGGCGUAA